AUGCAAAAUAAAUUGGAAAUUGCGAUUAUUGGUGCCGGUCCGGCGGGAGUGACGGCGGCAAUUUAUGCCAAACGAGCGAAUUGAAAACCGAUUUUAUUUACCAAAGAACAAUAUGAAGGCCUCGGUGUUUCUUAUUGUUCCAGCUGUGAUGGGUAUUUUUUUAAAGAUCAAGUUGUGGCAGUCAUCGGUGCGGGAACAACCGCCUUUGAAGAAACUUUAGUUUUGGCGACCAUCGCCAAGAAAGAAUGA